AUGUUCGCUGGGUUACCGUUGCAAGGUUACUACGACGAGGUGCGUAUCUGUAGAGACUGCUCACCGAUCAGCAUCCCGAUUUCAUCUCUGAAACAGGGUACGCGUGUCCUUGUGUACGGCAUUUUGAUCGGACGCGUGGUCCAACUGUACUCGGACGCGGUUUUAUCGGCGAACCGGAUCAAGAACGCGAUCCGACAGCAUCUAGCGUACUUAGUUUACCGAACUCGUCUCAACUUCAGCACUUGGAACAUGCUGGAAGCGAUGCAGGAGCAGCGAACUAUGCAAAUGAUGCGCUUCGUAAAGAAGUCGAUGAGCAUCAACGAACUGCACUCCAUGAUGCCGCUACUUGGUAGACGAAACACGCUGGACGGCGUCGUUCUGGAAAAAGAGCGAGUCAAAGCUUUGCUCACGCAUUAUCGCGGAGUUCGUGUGCUGUUCCCUCUACGACUCAUCACAGUGAAAAGACUGAUCAACCAGUUCCGCAAUGGUAUUCUUCUGCAUCCUGUCUUUCACGAGUCACCUAUGAACGCGAUCGAUAUCCCUCCCGGAGUGAGAAUGGUUGUUGUCGGGGAUCUUCACGGACAGCUGGAGGAUUUGUUGACGAUUAUGGAGAAGAAUGACGUUCCAAGUAGUAAAACGUGGUAUCUUUUCAACGGAGACUUCGUGGAUCGUGGGGCACAUGGAGUCGAGAUUAUGCUGUUGCUACUUGCGUUCAAGCUAAUGUACCCUGCGUUCGUGUUUUUGAACCGUGGUAAUCACGAAGAGCGCAUGAUUAACGAAAUCUUUGGGUUCCAAGCCGAAGUGUACGCCAAGUACGGCAACGGAUGGAGUGGUCUCGGGUCAUCGGCUAACUAUUCGGCACCGAAACUUUUUCAAUUGUUCGAGACGGUCUUCAACUUGUUUCCAGUUUUUGCGUUAGUAAAUCGGUGCAUUUUUGUAGUUCACGGAGGUCUGAGCAGCCACAAGAAUGUCACGAUUGAGGAGCUUCUCCAACUUGACCACCGAGGAGAACCAACUCAGGGAACGAGUCGUGUGGACGAGCUGCUCACGCAUCUUCUGUGGAGCGAUCCAUGCGAAGAAGAAGGUUGGAAGCCUUCUAGUCGGGGUGCUGGCGUGGAGUUUGGUCCUGAUAUCACCAAGGCAUUUUGCAAGCGGAAUGGCAUUAGCCUCAUCAUCCGAUCCCAUGAAUGUCGAGAAGAAGGGUUCGACAUCGUUCAUGACGGCCUCUUGUUGACGGUAUUCUCGGCCUCAAACUACUGUGGCUCUCAAACCAACAAGGGGGCUUAUGUUCUGCUGGAACGCGGAGAUAACAACGCGAUCCCAGCCUCGCCCGCUGGGAGGAACGAGUGGCGGGAAAAAGCUCGCCGUCUGGAACAACAAACACUGGAAUCUCUCCUGCAGAUCAUCUGCGAGAACCAGAAUGCGUUGCUCUUCUCUUUUCAGCAAGCGGAUACAACGAGGUGUGGGAGGCGUCGAUUAUGA